GGGAAGCAAGGAGGACGGAGGACUGGAGGGGUGGGGACCCAGGGAGUGGUGGCGGUCCGGAGUCUAGGCGACGGGGCGUGACGGGGCCGGAAGGUGGCGGGAGGGGGCCGGGCCGGAGCCGGCGGAAGGGCCAGGCCCGGAGGCCCCCACCCUGGCGUGCCCGCCCCCUCCACGACAGAGGAGGAAGAGGAGGAUGAUCUCCAGAUACACUCGGAAGGCGGUGCCGCAAAGCUUGGAGCUGAAAGGAAUAACAAAACAUGCUAUUAAUCACCAUCCUCUUCCAGAGCAACUGGAUGAAAUUUCUUCUACCAAUGACAGCCAUGAAAAAGACACAAGUUCCCAAAGUGAGUCUGACAUCACACAAGAAUCACCUUUUACAUCAGCUGACACUGGGAAUUCAAGAUUUGCUUUUCCAAGCUAUACAGGCACAGGGAUCUCUACAGAAGGCAGCUCGGACUUCUCCUGGGGCUAUGGUGAACUUGAUCAAAAUGCCACUGAAAAAGUCCAGGCAAUGUUCACAGCCAUUGAUGAGCUCCUGUAUGAGCAGAAGUUGAGUGUGCAUACUAAGAGUCUACAAGAAGAGUGCCAACAAUGGACAUGUAGCUUUCCUCACCUCAGGAUUCUGGGUAGGCAGAUAAUCACUCCAAGUGAAAGUUAUGGGCUGUAUCCUAGAUCCCCUUCUGUUGUUUCAGCUUCACAUGAGGCAACACUUUCUCAAGAAAGAGAUUCUACUAUAUUUGGCAUUAGGGGAAAGAAGUUACAUUUUUCAUCUUCUUAUGCUCAUAAAGCAUGUUCCAUUGCCAAAUCCCCUAGCUUGUAUUCUAUGGAAAGAGAAGAGGAAGACUGUGUAAUCUUCUCUGAAGGAAUAAUAGAGGAAUACCUAGCAUUUGACCACACUGAUAUGGAAGAGGGGUUUCAAGGAAAGAAAUUACAAGCAGCUCCAGAGAAACAGAAAUUAGGGUACCCUCCCAUUGCUCCAUUUUACUGCAUGAAAGAGGAUGUCCUUGCUCAUGUGUUUGACGACGUGUGGAGCAAGGUUCUGAGCUGUAUGGAGCAGCUGACACGUAGUCACUGGGAGGGAUUGGCUUCUGAUGAUGAGAGUAAUGUUGCAAUCACCAGACCAGCUUCAGAAAGCCCCUGUGUGCUGAAUGAACCACAACCUUUGAUCUUACCUCGAGUGCCACAGUCGAAGGUGCCGGCCAUCACCUCAAAUCCAAUGAAUCUCUGUCAAGCAGCAAGUGGUCAUCAGCCAAAUGUGAAUGGUCUCUUGGUUCAUGGGAUGCCUCUACAGCCAAGAAAUCUCUCCCUAAUGGAUAAGCUACUAGAUCUCGAUGACAAGUUACUUACGAGACCUGGAUCCAGUACCAUCCUUUCAACUCGAAAUUGGCCAAAUCGAGCCUUGGAGCUUAGUACAUCGGCUCUGUCAUACACAGUGCAGUCUGCCAGGAGACGCAAUCCCCCACCACGUACCCUUCGUCCCAUCAGCACAAGCCAUUCAUGUGCUGGAACGCCAAGACCUAUGGAAGAAAUCCUCAGGGGAUCCCAAGUCCCAGUAGCCGCUGAAUCGCGCUCUCCCUCACCAAUGCCCCUGAGUCGAAACAAUCUGCUGCCCCCUAUCGGCACAGCUGAAGUGGAACCCUUGAGCACUGCCGGGCCACAAAGGCAAACGAAAACCCAUGGUGACUCCAAUCGAGCUCGAAGUGCAGUAGUGGAUGAGCCCAACCAUCAGCAGCCCCAGGAGAGGCUCCUUUUACCUGACUUUUUCUCCAGGCCCAACACAACUCAAUCAUUUUUGCCAGAUACACAGUAUCAUCAUGUGUGUGCUGUUGAGUAUCCUCAUCAGGCCCGACCUGGUAGGGGAUCUGCAGUGACAGGUCCUCACUUACAUGGGUCUACAAAAUCUCAAAACAGAGGUGGACCAGUCUCUAGAACCAGGCAGGCACCAUAG